UUUGACACUUUUCUGAUAUUUUUUUAUUACCUAAAUCUAAUCCAAUCCGCAAAACCCAGAACCCCAAAGAAAGCAGCAAAAAUGUUGCAGAGCAGCGUCUCCAGCAUUCUCUCUUCCUCUCUGCCACGCACUCCUCUCUCUUCUCAUAAACUCCUCAUCUUCCCUUCACUUUCACUCAGACAGUACCGGCAGCGGCGGCGGCAGCGGCAGUUGCUGGUGUUGUGUGCCAGCAGUUAUGAGGUGGGUGGGGGUUAUUCAGACAUGGAAUCAAGCAUACAAGAAGAAAACAAAAGUAGAAGAACCCAACAAGAAUGGGACGAGAAACCAGACCCUUUUCAACAUGAAGUUAUUAUUAAAGGUGGUGAACAGGUCAUCUCUGUGCUCCAAGAGAUGAUCACCCUCUUGGAAGACCUGAACAUGGAUGACGCUUCUGAGAAGGUGGCUGUCGAGUUGGUUGCGCAUGGAGUGAUAGGGAAAAGAGUUGAUGAGAUGGAAGCGGGGUUUAUGAUGGCCCUAGAUUAUAUGAUUGAACUUGCAGAAAAGGACCAAGAUGGAAUGCGCAAGUCACUGUUGGAAGUCAUCAAGGAAACCGUAUUGUCCCAUCUUACAAAAAAAUGCCCCCCACAUGUUCAAGUGAUUGGCUUGCUUUGUAGAACUCCACAGAAAGAAAGCAGACAUGAAUUAUUACGUAGAGUUGCUGCUGGCGGUGGUGUCUUUGAAGGUGGUAAAGGCACCAAAGUUCAUAUUCCUGGGGCGAACCUGAAUGAUAUAGCUAAUCAGGCUGAUGAUAUACUUGAGACAAUGGAAACCCGACCAGUUGUCCCAGAUCGAAAACUACUUGCAAGGCUAGUUUUAAUCAGAGAGGAAGCCAGGAACAUGAUGGGAGGUGGGAUACUUGAUGAGAGAAAUGACCGUGGUUUUAAGACGCUUCCUGAAUCCGAGGUGAAUUUCAUAGCCAAACUGGUAGCUUUGAAACCAGGGAAAACUGUCCAGGAAAUGAUUAAAAAUGUGAUGUUAGGGAAAGAUGAAGGUGCAGAAGAUGCUGCCAGUGAGGAAGAGAAGAUUAACAGUGAAAGGAUUUCGAGUGGAAUUGCUGGAAGGGGAAGCGUUACAGGACGAAAACCACUUCCUGUGCGACCUGGCAUGUUUCUUGAGACUGUCACCAAGGUCUUAGGCGGUGUAUAUUCAGGAAAUAUCUCUGGCAUUACUGCACAACAUCUAGAAUGGGUUCACCAAAAGACACUUCAAGUUCUCCAGGAAAUAGCAUUCUAGUUUUUCUUAUGCAGGGAUGCUGAUAUUUAUAUAUACAAAAGACUAUACGCAGGGAUGGUGAAUCAAACUGAGAGUUCAAUUAAGCUCAUAAUGAGCUGUUGGAUGGACAUUUAUAUCGGUUGAACCUAGUGGAUAUUAUUGCUCCCUCUGGUUAGAAAUAUCGUGAAGUUAUGGAUCACGAGGGAGGUUUAGUGAUUGUUGAAUAGAAAAAGAAAUCAGUAACACCAGUACAUCUCCUGAUGAAGUAAAAAAGCCAGGCAGCCAGUUGUGCAUAGAAAUGUUGUUGCUGGAAAAUGGUGGCUGGCUGCUUUUGGAACUCAUAGCUGAAGUGACAAAUGAGAUGUCUCAAACAAAGAACAGUCAAUUACAACUACAUAGAUUUACCAUCUGAUGUAUUUCCUGGAACACACAUGUAUUUCACAUUUGUCUAACCGGCGGGCGGCCUGGGGUAACGAUUUCGGUACAGAAGGAACCGUAAUCAUGAUUAUAAACUAA